AUGGGAGAGGUGCAAGUUAACAAUCUUGGGGAGGUCGUACCAGAAGAUGCCAGGGAAUACAUGUAUGUUCAAGAGUUAACAGAAUCAAGGAUCAAGCCUCCUGAGCUGGUGCUUCCGUUCAAAAAAGAAGCCUUAAAUGGUGUCUUCUCUUCUUUGAAAGAAACUAUUCACCACAAUUACAUGGGAGGACUUGUGGCAGUGGGUAAGAAUGAAAUUACCAUUUUGUAAAGUUUAUCAAAAUAACCAGAAACCUGUUGUUUUUAAACAUCUGAUGAAAAUUGGUCAAUAACAAUAACAAGAUAAUUUUUGUCUUACAUAUAGAAUAACUGCAUGCUUGCAUGCGAUAUCUUAACAGAAACCAGGCUUUUUUUAAUUUCUUUGGUCAACAUAAUUAUUCAGUAGUAAGAUAAAAUCUGUCAAAUUCAUCCAUUGCCAAAUAGAGAUUAUUCCCAAAGCCCAACUCUCUGAUAAAUGAAAAAAGAGGCUGAAAAAAACAAAAAAAGUCGUCGAACUUAGAUUUUAUUGAACUUUGGGAUUAUUGUGACCAAAUUUUAACCUGAGUGAAAACAUCAUGAAAACAUAAAUUUUUUUUCUUUAGCUGGCCUCUGCAUUGGGCUGCAUUACCAGCAAAUUAUAAGGGAGGGGUACCACUGCCCCAUUCCUGUCAUUUGUGGUGAGCAUCGCCUUUGAAAGACAAAGAGUGCUAGAUUAGCUCUCUGGCGGAUGGGCAAUGACCAUCACUUCUUUUCUUCUGCGAGGGAAUGGUUCAUCCCACACCUUUGCUCACGAUCAUCCUUCCCUCCAGCGUUGGAUGACUUGAAGAAUGCCCAUCAGCUAGGGGACAUUGCUCUAGCAUACUAUGAUGGAAGUAAAGACGGCACUUGUACCAAAGAAAUGGAACCCAAGACGUGUCCUCUGGUGACCAUGAAUUGGGGGGCACUCUACGGGCUAGCUCAGGACUAUAGGUAUGGUUUAAUGUUCUAUUUAAGCCCAAAUUUGUCACCAAUUGUUUAAUUAAAAGCUUCUUUAUUUAUGAUCAGGUUUCAUUUGAGCAGGUGUCUUGUGAGCUCCUAAUUGAAAAAAUUAUACUAUAAGAUUUCAAGCUUAUCUGUGACCUGAUUUUUUUCUUUUCAUAUUCAGAGUUGCAAGUCGCCUAACAUUCAUCCCCUUUGUCGUGGGACCACGUAGUCCAAAUGGACUAGAGCAGCAGCAGCAAGCUGAAGCCACAUGGAAAGCAAGAUAUGAGGAAGCACCUAUGGCCUUGGGCCCACUUCUGGCCAUCAAUGUGGCUGAAGUGAUAGAAGAACGGACCCGGAUGUUGAUGACAGUAUUUGUGAAAAUUAUGAAAUCCUUCUAG